AUGUAUUGUCUUGUCUUGAACAAAGAGCCACCUAAAGCCAGAUCUGGGCAGGGUGGAUUUAAGCUUUGGGCAGGGCCACUGCCAAGACGCAGUGCUAAGUGCAACGUCACAUCUGAAAUACGAGCUGCCUCCACCAUCAGAGCUGUUCACAACAAUGGAAACUUCCAGAGCCCGCGGGUCAAGUGGUUGGUAUUCGUGGCUCAGUCUUUCGAUCCAUGGAACCCCCAAAACCUAAAGUAUGCCGGUCGAGAGAAGCACGCUGACGUCAAGAAAUGUGUCAUUUCACUCUUGGCUUCACGUGUCACCACACCUGAUCAUCAAAUCAUCAAGUCCAUCAAAUCAUCAAAUCCACAAGCCACUCGCUCAGUAACAAGCCAACUGCCGUUCAACACCACCUCCCUCUAUUCAUCACGCGACUCAAUACGAGGCAACAGCACCAGCUCUGUACUCGAACCACCCCCAAACAUCAACGCUACCCACGCAUCAAACCAUGUUCUCCGGGUCGCGACGUUCAGCCAGUCCCCGCCCCUCGGCGCAACAAAACACCCCCCUCCUGCGCGCCCUCUUCGUCGCGGAGGAAGAAAGCAAGGUUGGGCCCUACACGCGCCGGCCCAGUUUCAGUCCUACUAG